AUGAAAGGGUUGGCUGUGGAAAAUUUUGAUAAUUCUUUGGUCAGUAGAUACUCGGUUGGAAAAUUCAUUUCAAAUUUCCCCUUCCAUCGUAAAAUUGAGCUCCUUCAUUUAAGAGCUCAACUGCCCAGGAGCAGUAGAGAAUUUCAAGGAGUUGUAGAAGCAAAAGCAAAGGCAGAAGUAGAAGUAGAAGGGAAGAUGGUGAACGAUGGUGGAGAUGAUGUCAUGUACACAUGA